AUCUCAUCAGUUUAUUUUUUUCUGACUCUGGAAAGAACCUCGCAACGAUGAACUGGUCCGAAGUAUCACCAGGCGUGUUCAGCAAGGAGCUGGACGGGGUAGAGAAGAUAUAUCACCACGUCUCACAGAUUUUCAAACCUAUUGGCCGUGAACAUUGGGGCCUCUAUUGCGCAUGCACCUUUGAACUUGGCCCGCGCUUUUCGCAGAAGGAUACGGCUACGGCACUGCGGGAUGCAUGGAAGGCACUGCGUUAUGAUUUCCCAGCACUGGCUGUCACUCUAGACGGCGUCCACGCUCGCAAGACAUACACCGUACCGGAUGCAUCCUCGGUCGAGAAAUGGGCCGACGAGUCAUUCGUUGUGGACUGGACGACCGAUCCCGACGGUGUGCUGGCCUCGUAUCCAGUAAGGGAUACACCCAGCAUGUACUUCUUCCCCGAGUUGUCUCAGAUUCUCUUCCUAUGCUCGCACUGGCGCAUCGACGGCCUGGGGACCUGCUUACUCAUGGACCGUUUCUUCUCGCUGCUCGCAGCCAACACCCCUUCACCGUCUCCAGAAUCCUGGACCAAUGACAUUACCAAGAUCUCCCCUACACUUGAGGAUGCGAUCAAAGCCCCAACUUUGGAGACACCCGAGGUCCAGGAACUGGCGCGGAAGCACAUCGAGGACCACCACAAGAACGUCGUGCAUGCGGGCGGUCUGCGGUACCUAGGCGAUGCAACCACGCCACCAGGCAGCCCCGCCCGCAGCACCGUCACCUUCAACGAGACCACCACCGCAUCCCUGAUCGCGGCGUGCAAGCAACGCAGCAUCAGCGUCACCUCGGCCGUCUACGCCGCGCUAGCGAACGCCGUCUUCGCGCUCUCGCCCGACGCGUCCCUGGAGAAGUACGCAGCCGUCAUGUCGAUCAACAUGCGGACGUACAUGCCGGCGCCGUACAACGGGAAAGACCACGCCGUGCAGGUGUACGUGAUGGGGCGGUCGCCGACGGUGGAGCGCGGCAGCUCGUUCGCCGAGAUGACCGCGCAGUUCAUGGACUACAACAAAGGGUGGUACAACGACGAGUUCCGCAGCGCGUACCGCAUGGCCACGCGCCACCACUACGAGACGCUGUCGAGACGCCCCAAGGGGGCGGCGCCGCUGAACCCGCCGAGCAGCGUCACGCUGAGCAGCUUGGGCAUUAUUGAGAAGAACAUGCCGAGCCAGUAUGGCGGCGGCGCAGUGAAGUUGACGGAUUUUCAUUUCGGUGUGAGCAUGAUGACGCGGCAGAUGCUGCUGUAUGUGUGGACGUUUGAGAAUAAGCUGAGCUUGUCGGUCAAUUAUAAUGAUGCGUAUCAUGAUGUCUCGUCUAUAAAGAGCUUCUUGGAGUAUAUUCGGCAGAUAUUGAAGAAUGAAAUAGGAGUCUCCCUGGAGCUAUAG